AUGUUCUACUCCGGGAGCUUACAGGAGGGUAUUGCUGCAGCGGUUGCUGAGAGCAAGGCUGUUGUUUGCUUUGUUAGAGAUGACGAGCAGGCGAGUACGGAAUGGGAGGAGAGCUACUUUACGUUUGAUGAGGAGGUCUGCAGCACAUUCGAUACACAUAUUUCUGCAUCUGCUAACGCUACGCAGUUAGCGCAACUGCUCCAAUCGAGAGCUGUCCUCUUGCGCUUCACCAAAGGUAGUCAGGAAGCGGGCUUUCUGGCCUCCUUUUGUCCCAUCGUUAAGUUUCCCACCGUCGUCGUGAUAAAGAAUGGUAUGAUGUGCGAUUACUUCGUGCCGGACAUUUCCAAAGAGGACUUUCGCUAUCGCCUACUUGCGAAGCUGGAUGAGAGUCGCGCGCCGGUUCAGCAGGAUGUAGGGAAUGCAGGUGCUGCUGGGAGCGAGACGGUGUCUGCUCCUGUGGCUUCUGAUGCUCCUGCGCCGGCACCUGUGUCUUCUGCGCCUAUACCGGCACCAGCGCCUGUCGCAGAGCCAGCUCCUACGCCAGCUCCAGCUCAGCCUGCACCCCAGCCCUCCACAACCGAGCCAGAGCAACCCCGUGAUGCGACUAUCCGCGAAGGAAAGAGACGAGUAGAUGAUGCGCGCGUCGAGCAAUACCCCACACAAGAGAGCAAGCCUAAGCCCAAGCCCGCCCCCAAAGAGAAGCCAUCUGCCGCUGCCGCGCCCAAGGAACCCACCUCGGAACCCGCUGAGCGGCGCCAGCCCUCCCCUCCGAAGCAAUACCGUCUCCAAGUGCGUCUCUUCGACGGCAGCUCCGUGCGCUCCAGCUUCACUCCCGCCCAGACCAUCCGCAACGACGUCCGUCCCUGGCUCGACAGUCAAAUGGAAGAGCGCAGCCCCUACAACCUCAAACAUAUUCUGACGCCUCUCCCGAAUCGCACCCUCACCAUCGCCGACGAGGAGCAAACACUGGCUGAGCUGGGACUCGGCAGCUCCGCCAACCUGGUUAUGGUCCCGAUCCAGUCUUACACAGAGGCGUAUUCCGGCGCGGGUGCGAGCUUGCCAGUCCGAGCGGUGUCGUCUGCCUACGGACUGGUGUCGUCGGCGGUUGGUACUGCGACAGGGCUUGUGGGAUCAUUCUUUGGGUAUGGAACGACGCAGUCAUCGGGUAAUGAGGCUGCGCCGGCUCCUGGCACGGCUUCUUCGGGGUCGAAUGAUGCGGGACGCAGGCGGGUGAAUGCGUCCAGAGGACCGAUUAUUCGGACGUUGAGGGAUGCGCAGAAUGAGGGGAAUGAUCGACAGUUCUAUAAUGGUAAUCAGUGCUAUGUAUGUAUCAAACUCCUACUUCCUCUGCUUGUAGCGAAGCAUCCUGUCUUAUCAUCUGUCAUCUACUAG